AUGUACAGAACAACAUAAAACUAUUCAUAUGCAGGUAUUAAAUUGAAAAUCAAAUUAGACUUGCUAUCUAAAUAAGGCAUCUCAGACAAUGGCAGAUCAAUAAUUACAAUCGAUAAAGAAAACUCAUAUGCUCUCUUGCAAAAAAAGAAAUAACUUUAGAAUAGAGAAGGCAGCAGUUCAAGUCAAUAAAAAAAUGAAAAUCGUUCAAAUAGCGGAUUAUAGAAAUCAGCAUCGCUUUAACAAUUCUAUCGAGCUCAAUCUGCUGUUGAGAAGAAUUCAUACUAAAAUCAAAAAGGAAAUCAAUAACAAAUAAAAGAAAUGAAGAAUAUUUCAUAUCUAUAUUUGCUCUAAUAAGGUGGAUAUAAAUUACGUCACAAUUAGACAAAAUCAACAAAGGAAUAAAAUAGCAAAGGAAGUGAAUUUUUAUUAAAUGAUUAUAAAAAACAGAAACCAGUUGAAAAUUAGGCUUACAAGAGAUUGAAUGAGAAAUUGGAAUAUUUAGAAAAAAAGUUUAAUUAAUUAAAGGAUUCGUUUGUGAAUAAAAGUGAAAAUUAAUACGACAAAAAAUCGGAUAGAAUGCAAUAAAAGCAGUAUUCAUUAAUAUCGAAAUACUUUCCUAAGAAGUUUAUGGAACAAAAGAAUACCACUUAAGAAUAAAGGAAAGUGACCAAAGAUAUUAAAUCAAUAUUCAAUAUUUAUUCAUAAAUUAAGGAAUUUAAAAGUCACUCUUCCAAUUCCUAAUUAUUGAAAUAAACUUAAGAAAAAAAGAGUGCAUAACUGCAAGACUUUGUAACAUAAAUAAAGAGAGACUUUAAUAAUAAGAAUUCUUAACUAUUGAAAGGUUCUUAUGUUCAUCAAUCAAACACUAAUUUAAAUAAAUCAGAACGAUAAUAAUCAAUGGAUGCCAAGUAUUCUUACUUCAAUAAACUUAUUGAAACACAACCAAAUGAACCAUUCUUGUAUUAUAUUUCAACUGUACUUUCAGCUAUAAAAAAUAAGAGGCCUACAUAACUUGAUGAACUCAUUAAAGAUCAUUUUUCAUAAACAUAUCAAGGAUUAAUCUAUGCAAGCAGAUUAACAAUUCAAUUUGAUCCAGAGAAGGUCAUCAACUUGCCAAGAUCCAAUAAUCUAAAAACAAUCGUUUUUGAUUUGGAUGAGACAUUAAUCCAUUGCAAUCCAAAUGUUUCCAUACCAGGAGACAUCAUAUUACCAAUCACAUUCCCUAAUGAUGAAACUGUUUAAGCUUCUAUCAAUAUUCGGCCAUAUGCUAAAUAAAUUCUACAAACGCUUUCAAAGCAUUUUGAAAUCAUAGUUUUUACAGCUUCACAUUCGAGCUAUGCUAAUAUCGUGAUUGAUUAUUUGGAUCCAAAGAGACAGUGGAUUUCGCACAGGUUAUUUAGGGAAAAUUGUCUAUAAACAACGGAAGGAGCUUACAUCAAAGAUCUAAGAGUUUUAGGAAAUCGAAAACUAUCGAAUGUGUUGUUAGUAGACAAUGCUUCAUAUUCGUUUAGUAAAUAAAUCGAGAAUGGAGUUCCAAUUAUUGCUUAUUAUGAUAAUAAAGAGGACUAGGAAUUAUUACAUUUGGAAAAUUAUUUAUUAAAUUUCAGACAUGUGAAAGAUGUUAGAGAUUUAAAUUAAAAAUAAUUAAAAUUAAAAUAGUUCUUAGAUUAUUCAGAUUUUGAUGAUUUGUAUAAUAAUUUACAUGGUAUGUACUUUUGA